UUUCGAUCUUCCUCCUCUCCACUCUCUUCUUCUUCUCUUCCUUUCCCUCCUUUCUCCUUUACUCUCUCUACCCCCCCAAUGGCUUAUACACCCCCUUCGCCGUCCUCGCAACCCGAGGACGACCGUCAGCGGCCUCCUCGCUAUCCCGGCGAAGAUACCGCGCCGACCAGCCGGCGCGAGAUUCUCGGAUGGUACGCUUAUGGGAUUGCGGCCGAAGUAUUUGCGGUCUGUGGCGUUGGAUCGUUCCUCCCCAUCACCUUGGAGCAAUUGGCCCGGGAGAGCGGCACUUUGCAGUCGAGCCUUCUGCCCUGUGUCGGCCCGGGCUCGCCCUCGGACGGAAAGGGAAGCGCCCCGGCCAUGCUGCGACGGGAUGGCACGAGCGAUGAGCAGUGUGUGGUAGGGUUUCUGGGCCUGCGGAUCAAUACGGCCAGCUUCGCCAUGUACACGUUCUCCCUCGCGGUCCUGGUCCAGGCCCUGACCUUGAUCUCGUUCAGCGCACUAGCGGACUACGGUAUGCUAUAUCACCGCCUGGAAUGCUGUAACCGGAAAAUGCUCCUGGUCACCUUCGGGGUGGUCGGGUCCAUCUCGAGUAUGCUGUUCGUCUUCAUGGCACCCCCGGUGUUUGCGCUCGCCGCGAUUCUAGUUGUUGUGGGUGUGACUUGCUUGGGGUCAUCUUUCGUGGUGCUCAACUCGUACCUUCCUGUACUAGUCGCGCAUGAUUCGUCCGUUCAGAGCGUGUCGAAGGAGCAGGACUCGGAGGAACUACACGACCUCGACCCCGAUGGGGGCGAUCGGACUUCCUUCGAUGAUGGCGCUGCCGAGUCCGCCCCACUUCCAGCAGCCGGAUUAGGGCUGGGCUCCCCACCCCCUGGGCGAAUGACGCCGGAGAUGCAGCUAUCGACCAAGAUCUCGUCCAAAGGAGUGGGACUAGGCUAUUGCGCCGCCGUGUUGGUUCAAAUCCUAGGCAUCGCAUUGCUUGUGACACUGUCAAAGACGUCCGUCUCGAAAUAUUCGGGCACCCUUCCGAUGCGACUCGUUUUGCUCUUGGUGGGAAUUUGGUGGUUCUCGUUCACGAUGGUGAGCCGUCGCUGGCUGCGCACGCGACCGGGCCCGCCCCUGGACACGUCGCGUGGAGGAAGCCGGUGGCGCGUCUGGUUGCGACUGAUGGGAUUUGCCUGGCGGUCGCUGUGGAAAACCGUCAAGGUAGCCGUGCAGCUGCGCGAGGUGCUAAUGUUUCUGGUGGCGUGGUUCAUGCUCUCGGACGCCUUAGCAACCGUUUCCGGCACGGCGAUCCUGUUCGCGCGGACGGAGCUAAAAUUGAGCACGACCCUGGUGGGGCUUUUAUCCAUUACCGCCACGCUAUCCGGCAUGGCGGGGGCGUUCUUGUGGCCCGUGGUGUCCCGUCGCUUCGGUCUCAAAUCCAACCAGACUAUCAUGCUCUGCAUCGCGUUGUUCGAGGUCAUACCGCUAUACGGAAUGCUGGCUUAUAUUCCUCUUUUCAAGCGGUGGGGCGUGAUCGGGCUGCAGCAGCCGUGGGAAAUUUAUCCCCUCGCGAUCGUGCAUGGGAUCGUAGGCGGCGGGCUGUCGUCGUACUGCCGGUCGUACUUUGGCUUGUUGAUUCCACCGGGCAGCGAGGCGGCGUUUUAUGCCCUGUACGCCGCCACAGACAAAGGGAGUUCCUUCCUUGGCCCCGCGAUCGUCGGGAUGCUCGUCGAUGCGACGGGUCAAGUGCGAUCGGGGUUUUUCGUCAUCGCCAUCCUGAUCGUCAUGCCCAUUCCUUUGAUUUGGAUGGGCAACGCCGACAAGGGACGGCGGGAGGCUCUCGAGAUGGCCGAGCGAUUGAAAGGAUCGCAGGCCGGGAAAGCCUCCGAAAAUGGAGACGCCACCGAAGAAGCGGAGGGCUUGCUGGCGCGCUCUUAGUGCCCUUCAUAUAGAUUCAUAUACAUGUAUAUAUCAACGAUAUUUCCUUGUGUACUGGUCGUCGGUGGAAUGAACGUCUGACCGCGACCUACGAGACCCAUGAGAUAGAAAC